CCGCCGGACUUCGCCGCCGCCGCUCCGGUCCGGCCGGUCGCGGGGAGUAAUUGGUCUGGAAGCUCCCAUGAUUCAAUCCAAUCAAGGAGAGUGGUUAUUUCUCACAAUAUGGAUAAAGCACUGAAAGAAGUGUUUGACUACAGCUAUAGAGAUUACAUCCUGUCCUGGUAUGGGCAACUCAGCAGAGAUGAAGGGCAGCUGUACCAGCUGCUAUCUGAAGACUUUUGGGAGAUUGCCAAGCAGCUGCGACAGAGGCUGAGUCACAUUGAUGUAGUUAAAGUUGUCUGCAAUGAUGUAGUGAAAGCUUUACUCUCGCACUUCUGUGACCUUAAAGGAGCCAAUGCCAGGCAGGAAGAUCCACCAAGACCUUUUUUGCUGCACUCAUGCUUGAGGAGCUCUGAUGAAGAAGUAAGAUUCCUGCAAAAAUGUUCCCAAGUCCUGGUGUAUUGUCUCCUACCCUCAAAGGAUGUCCAGUCUGUCAGCUUGCGCAUAGUCCUUGCAGAAAUACUUGCAACAAAAGUACUGAAACCAGUGGUGGAACUGCUGAGUGAUCCAGAUUAUAUUAACCGAAUGCUACUCAGCCAGCUGGAGUACAGAGAACAGAUGAAUGAGCAUCAGAAGAAAGACUACACGUAUGCUCCUUCUUAUGAGGAGUUUAUCAAGCUCAUCAACAGCAGCUCUGAUGUUGAGUUCCUGAAACAACUGAGGUAUCAAAUUGUAGUGGAAAUAGUUCAGGCAACAACAAUCAGCAAUAUUCCCCAAGUGAAGAAGCAGAAAGAUUCAAAGGGAAAAGAAACUGCAGCAAUGAAAGCUGACCUACUAAGGGCUCGCAAUGUGAAGAGGUAUAUUAAUCAGCUGACAGUGGCAAAGAAGCAAUGCGAGAAGAGAAUAAGGCUCCUGGGAGGGCCUGCUUAUGAUCAGCAGGAAGAUGGCACUUCUGAUGAAGGUGAUGGCCCACAGAGUCAGAAGAUUCUUCAAUUUGAAGAAAUUUUGGCCAACCCUUCAUACCGAGAGCACUUCCGAAUCUACAUGGAAAGGAUGGACAAGAUGGCUUUGAUUGGUCUAUGGGAGUCUGUGGAGAAUUUGAAGAGUGCUAACAAGCCUGAAAUACCUCAGCUGGUGAGUGAAAUUUAUCAGAAUUUUUUUGUGGAAAGCAGAGAAAUACCUGUGGAAAAAUCCCUUUAUAAAGAAAUACAGCAAAGUCUUGUGGGAAAUAAAGGCAUUGAAGUAUUCUACAGAAUUCAGGCAGAUGUUUACGAAACCCUAAAAGACAGAUACUACCCUUCAUUCGUUGUCAGUGAUUUAUAUGAGAGAUCAGUCAAGAAGGAAGAAGAAAGAAGUUCUGCUCAGCUAACUCCCGAGGACAAAGAUGAAGUGAGCCAAGGUUGUGAAGAAACUACUGAGGAAUGCAGCACAAGAAUUAAUGAACAGGCCAGUUAUGCUGUAAAUAAACUUCGUCAGCUAAAUGACAAGCUUGAGUAUAAGAAACAGGCUCUAAAUUCCAUAUGUAAUUCACCAAAACCCGACAAAAAGAUUGUUUCUAAGCUGAAAGAUGAAAUUACUCUGAUGGAGAGAGAGCACAGUGACCUUCAGCUGCACAUUGCAAGAACAGACUGGUGGUGUGAGAAUCUUGGCAUGUGGAAAGCCUUUAUUGUCUCAGGAGAGGUUUUAGAAGAGAAUGGAGAACAAGUGCCCUGUUACUCUGUCAUGGUGAGUUUACAAGAAGUUGGUGGAGCUGAAACUAAGAACUGGACUGUUCCCAGGAAGCUCAAUGAGUUUCAGAACCUACACCGCAAACUCAGUGAGUGUUUUCCAUCAUUAAAAAAAGUUCAGUUGCCUUCUCUCAGCAAGCUGCCCUUCAAAUCCAUAGACCAGAAAUUCAUGGAGAAAUCCAAGAACCAGCUUAAUAACUUUCUGCAGAAAUUACUCUCUGAUGAAAGACUCUGCCAGAGUGAAGCACUUUAUGCCUUCUUGAGCCCUUCCCCAGAGCACCUCAAAGUUAUUGAUGUCCAAGGGAAGAAGUCAUCUUUUUCACUCUCCUCAUUUCUUGAACGACUUCCUGGUGAUUUGUUUUCUCAUCAGGAGGAAGAAACAGAAGAGGACAGUGACCUGUCGGACUAUGGAGAGGAGGUGGAUGGGAAAAAGGACUCCCUUGCUGAACCGUGUUUCAUGCUGAUUGGAGAGAUUUUUGAACUGCGAGGAAUGUUCAAAUGGGUCAGAAAAACAUUAAUUGCACUAGUACAAGUCACUUUUGGAAGAACUAUCAACAAGCAGAUCCGUGACACUGUACACUGGAUGUUCAGUGAGCCAAUGCUUGUUUACUACAUUGGUGUGUUUCGAGAUGCGUUUUGGCCGAAUGGAAAGUUAGCACCACCACCGAGAGCCAAGAGCGAUGAACAAAAGCAAGAGACAAAACAGAGAGCACAGCAAAAACUACUUGAAAACAUUCCAGAUACUCUGCAGAAUCUUGUUGGACAACAAAAUGCCCGUCACGGUGUAGUGAAAGUGUUCAAUGCAUUGCAAGAAAGGAAGGCUAACAAGCAUCUACUUUAUGUUUUGCUGGAACUGCUGCUAACUGAACUGUGUCCUGAGCUGAGAGCUCAUUUAGAGCAGCUUAAUUCCACUUAGGUUUGAAUCUGCACAACUGGACCACUAGAGAAAUGUCUAUGUUCAAUAAUAGACAUGAAACUUAUUUUCCUCUUUUCCAUAGAGGGCUGAGGACUAUGAUUAUUUUUAGCAUUUUUCUUUCCUCUUGAGUUUUUUGUGAAGUAAACAGACUUGAAAAGAUCUGAUGCUGUAGUAGGGUAGACAAAACAAUGCUGUAUAGCUGCCAAUUUUUAUUUAAAUGGUUCUAUUUGACUACUCUUCUGUUUCAAAUAUAGACUGAAAAAUAAAUGUUCAUAUAUGCCGAAAGAAACCAGAAAAUAUUUUAAACAUUUAUGAAAAGAAAUUUUGCUUAUAGUGGAAAACUAAUGAAUGUUGUACAGUUCUAAUCUCCUCACUGAGGAUCUGAGCAUUCCUCUUUUUUUCUUGUGUAUUGAAAAAGCCUUGUUGUGCAAUACUACAUGUAAAGCUAUUGUGAAAAUUUUAUCAAUUUUGUUUUUACCAAAGAUUUCCUGUAGUUUGAAGCAUUUGUAAGCAAUAACUAUCACAACUGGAUUGCAGUAUUUGAUAGUGAGGCUGUACUGACAACUAAUGAAUGAGUUUGACAGCACUAGUUUCAUAAGAAAUAUCUACAUUGCUUUGAAGUCUGUGUCAAAAUUAUGUAUUGUAAACUGGUAUGUCCUAACAGAAUGCCUGUGUUAAAUGUUAGUUCAGAGAUUAGUGCUUAUGAAUUGCUUCUAUGAAUGAUCAAGCAGACAUUUAAUUAAACCAUUCUAACAACUUC